AUGGCCGACGUUGAAAUGACCGAUGCGCCCACCUCCGCUCCCGUUACCAAGAAGAAGGGUGGUGCGGCCGAUGGCGAGGGGAAGGAGGGCAAGAAGCGGUUUGAGGUGAAGAAGUGGAAUGCGGUCGCGCUCUGGGCAUGGGACAUCGUUGUUGACAACUGCGCCAUCUGCAGAAAUCACAUUAUGGACUUGUGCAUUGAGUGCCAGGCGAAUCAGGCGUCGGCUACGAGCGAGGAGUGCACAGUGGCAUGGGGGAUCUGUAAUCAUGCGUUCCACUUCCACUGCAUAUCGAGAUGGCUCAAGGCCCGGCAGGUUUGCCCACUCGACAACCGCGACUGGGAGUUCCAGAAGUAUGGAAGAUAA